AUGCCGCUCGAAGGCCGUCGCCGCAGCCCGGAGAGCGCGCGGCGACGUCGCAAGGAACGGCGCCGGUCCCGGUCUUUGUCUGCGGACGGCGCGUCGGACGGCGGAGAUACGUACUCACGCGCCGGCGAGUCGACCCGGUCGGGCGGCCGUCACCGCUCGUCUCGCUCCUCACACCACGCGGCGACCGCGGCUGCGACGGCAGCAUCCGGAACGGCACCCGCCACAACCAUCCCACGUGUCGCGACUCCUUCACGUUCGCGAGGCGAGGCCGCCAGCUACUACGACACGAGCAACACUUUUGUCGAUCCGGCGGCGUUCCGUCCGACAGGACCUAUUUCGAGUGCAGCACCCGGUGUAGGUCUGGGCGCCGCCGCGGCCACGGGCAUUGCGGCCGCGUCCCAUCUGUAUCAACAAAACAAUCAACACAGUCAACAACAGCAACCGUACACACCCACGCACAACGUCCGCGACCGUGAUCCGCGCCGCCACCGCCGCGCAGGUUCGGCAUCGUCGGGCGGCUCGUCGACGUCGUCGACGUCCGACUCGCUGCUCAACAUCUCGGCGCCGCGGUCGCACGUUAACGGCAUCAUAUCCUUUUUCCGGCGGCGCAGCAGCACGUCUGGACGGUCGCCGACGCGCCAGCAGCACCGAGCAUCGUCGGGCCACCGCAAGACGAAGAAGCGAUUCUUGCGUUUCAGCAACUCCAGCUCCUCGUCCGUCGACGACGGGCUCUUUUACGGCCGCGGUUACAUUUCGCGCUCGCGCGUGCAGCUGGCGCGUGACGAGACGGUCGCCACCGCCACCCACAGUCAAAGCUACGACCAGUGGCCUAGCCAAAACCAUGGCCACAGCCAUGGAGCGGGCGUGGCUGCUGCAGCAGCAGCUGCUGCUGCCGGUGCUGCUGGUGUUGCGGCUGUGACAGACCAUCUCGCCUAUGGCGGCGACCACUCGUCUUCGUCGCGUCCGCAACGCGGUACCGGCGACGACGAAGAGAUUCUGCGCAUCGGCCGCGAGCUUGCCCAGCUGGCCCACGACGAGAACCGCCGCGACCUGGCCCGUGUCGGCCGCCGCGCCCCCACCCAGAUGGCCGCCGCCUCGGUCGCCCUGCAGCGCUUCCGCCAGCAGCGCCAUUCCCAGGCUGGCAGCCGCGACGACUUUAGCGGUGGGCGCGGCGCCGCCUUUUCGCGCCCCAACCACGGUCAUGAUGACCUCCCGUCGUCGCCCGACGACUCCGAGUGGGAGUCUGCCUCUGAAGACGGCCACUCGGACGACGACUCCUUUGCGAGCAGCAGCGACGGCGACUCGGGCCUGGCCUAUGGCUCGAGCCACCACCUGCCGCCAAAGCAGACCCGCCCGUCAGCGUCGCAUACGGCCUCGCACACGGGUGCGGGUGUGGGCGCUGCUGCUCUGGGCGUGGCCGCUGGUGCCACUCUCGCCGGUGCUGCUGUUUCUGGCCGUCAUGGAGCCGGCCGUGACUCGGCGCACUCGUCGCCCGCCAACAACCGCUACAACAAUGCUCACCCUUCGCACGCCGGCCGUCGCCAGUCCUCCAUAGUCGACCCGUCCCUCUUCGGCCCGCAAAACUCGCUGCGCGGUCACGUCACCAGCCCCUGCGGGUUUGACGGGCGUCCUGUCCCUUCGGGCGCGGCAGGCGUGAUUGCCUCGGACAUCCGCCCGCCCAGCCAGUCCGACUCGCGCACCGCCAACGCAGCGCCCACGACGCCGCGCCGUCGUCAGCAGCAGCCCCAAGGCCCCGUGGAAAUCAAAACGCCCAAACCCGUGACCCCGGUUAGCAGCCGCGUGUUUGACGACGACGUCAUUAUGGCGUCGGAGGACCGGAAUCGCCAGCGGGAGAAGGAGCGGGAGCGGGAGAAGGAGCGGGAGCGGGAGAAGGAGCGGGAGCGGGAGAAGGAGCGGGAGCGGGAGAAGGAGCGGGAGCGGGAGAAGGAGCGGGAGCGGGAGCGGGAAUAUGAACGUGAGCGCGAACGCGAACGCGAACGUGCGGGGGACCGCCGUGACCGUGACCGCCGUGAUCGUUAUGACCGUCGCCAAGACGAGCCCAGCACAACCGACUCUCGUUACAAUGCGCGCAAGCAGGAGCGCACUUCCUCGCCUCUGGUGGCGGCGGCCGUCGGCGGCGUUGCCGGCGCCGUCUUGGCCGAUGUUGUCCGCAAGGAUGACCGCAAAGAUCGCACGGAUGGCCGUCGUGACGACCGUCGUGAUGACCGUCGUGAUGACCGCGACCGCGAUCGCAAGAACGACGACUACGACGCCCGUCGUUCCGACCGCCGUGCUGAACGCCGCAAGGAAACGUUGGACGAGCGCUUCCGCCGCGCCGAACGCUACUACCGCGCCCAGGAUGAGGCUGAGCGCCUGAAGCGGGAGGCGGCUGGCGCAGCGCCGCGAUCCGAUGACAAGACUGCUGCGGGCGCGUCUGCCAUGUCCAUGUCCACCGCCGCAUACGCCCUGCUUGCCGAGAAGCACAAGCUCGACGAGCGAGAGCGCGCGGUAACCAAGGCCGACGACAAGCCGGCCGUCGACCCGUUCCAGUACCAGGUGGCCACGGACGCCUUCCCCACGCCGGUGUACGGCAACACACCCGUCAUGCGCCCCCUGACGCCCGCCAUAGUCACGGUCGACGACGGCCCGUCGUGGGCCACUGAGGAUGAGCCGGUCACGCCAGCCACGCCCGUCAAGGCGCCGCCAUCUUCGUCGGCCGCGGCUGGCCCAUCCACGCCCGCGAUAUCGCCCGGUGCGCAGCGGGACCGCGAGCGCGAGCUUGAGCGCCAGCGCGAGUCUCUUGUGCGCCGCGAGAGCGAGCGUGCCAUCGAACGCGCCCGGCGCGACCGCGAGCAGCAGCGCCGCAGCGGCAGCCUCGAGCGCGAGCAGCACGAGGCCGAGGCUAUCCUGGAACGCACCAGCCACUCCACGGCGCCCAUUGACAAGUCCGCCGUGACCGCCGCCGAGGCCGUCAUCAUGCGCGAGGAGAGCCAGUACAGGAACGAACCGCCGCGCGGCCGCACGUCCGGCCGCCGCGAACCGCGCGACGAACAAGGGCGCACCGACCGCGACAUCCGCGACGACGCCGACCGCUACUACCGCAAGACGGCCAUCGCCCGCCGCAUCGCCGAGGACGAGAUCCGUUCGCGCAGUGCCUCGCCGUCGGAGUCGGUCGUUGAAAAGUACGUGAGCCGCAGUAACAGCUACAGCCGAGACAACGUCGAAGACCAGCACGACCGGCGUGACGAGCACGACGAGCAUGACCAGCACGACAAGAACGACAAGAACGACAAGCGUGGCGAUGCCAACGACCGCUCGAGCAGCCGCGGCUCGGGCAAGGACUCGCGCGGCACCGUGUCCCGCAGCAACAGCGACGAGCCGCCCGUCGUCCGCAUUGUCACGCCGCCCGAGAUGGAGCGCCGCCACGAGAAGAACAAGUACGCCGAGCCCAACGCCGACGUCCGCAUCGACAACAAAAUCUACCCCAACGAGCUCGACAAGUACCUCUUGCGCGCCGAGGACCGCCGCAAGGCCGUGCAUGGCUCGUACGAGGCGGGUGACGAACAGGGUCGCAACCGCAGCCGCAGCCGCAGCCGCGGUCGGUCCAUGACCAUGCCUGUCUUUAUCUCGCGCGACCCGUCCUGCGAGCGCGAACGCCCGCUGCUCAACCUCGUCAUGCCCACCCCUGUGCCCUCACCGACGCCCGAGAAGCAGGUCCAGAAACUCGAGCGUGCCGCCGAGCACGUGGAAGAAGAGGAGGCGCGCAAGAACCGCAGCCGCGGUGUGGCCGGCGGGGCGAGACCAACGACUGACCCUGUCGACAUGGACGCCAACAUUGUCACUGUCGAGCCCGAAAUUAUCACCGUCGGCCCACCCGACGACUUUGACGACGACGUUGCUCCGCCCAAGCCGCCGCCGCCGCCUACCUACGCAGGCCCCAAGGACAGAGAGGCAAAGGCAGACUCCGUCGACAAGGCGAGCGAGGCCAAGCCUACAGAAAAGUCGGACGGAUCGCCUGUCCCGGUCGCCCAGUCUCGCUUCCCCAACGCCAAGCGAACCAGCACGGCGCCCCUCCGCAAGUCGGGCUGGGCCGCUAUUAUCGGUGCUGUGACCGGCACGGCAGCUGGUGCUGCCGCUGCAUCUGCCGGAUCUGUGACGUCUGACACGUCCUCCAAGAAUGCCGACAAGGAGGAGCCUGUGAAGGACAAGAACGCCAAGGACAAGGACGUCCAUGCGAAGGACGUCGAUGCCGAGGACAGCAAGCCCGAAACGACGGUCGAACACAUGGCCGGUGAAUUUCCCGAGGACGACGACAAGGAGAACAACAAGAACAGCGACAACCAGUCAAAAAACGGCCAGGGCAAAGAGGUAGCUGAAGAGGAGCUCCCUCUGCGCCCGCGUCGUGACGGCAGUGGCAUCCCCAUCGACGACAAGGUCACUGCUGCAGAACCGGUCUCGGCCUCUCCGCCCCCGAGUCCUCGUCAGGCUGUCUCCGAUCGCUCCGCCGCCGCCCGCGACCGUCCAAGCAGAAGGCACAGAGAAAAUCAAAGCGGAAGCCCUGACCACUAUUUCAGCGCCAAGAACAAGUCCACGCCGCAGGGCGCCUUUGGCGACGACCUCGAGUUCGCCGCCAUCGUGUCUGCCGGCAUGCCUGCGUCCGGGUUUGACGACAACAUUGUCGUCCAGGAUCCAAGCUACUGGCAGCGGUCGUCGCCACCACAUCAGAGUCGCGAACACGGCCACGACUCGGACGACUCGGGCGCCGGCUCGUCGUCGUCGCGCGAAAUCGUCUCCGAGACGGCGCUCGGCGACGCGGCCCCCGUGACUGUGCGCACUGGCCACCGUAGCAAAAAGGCCAAGCAGCGGGAGCGAGAGCGGGAGCAGGAGCGAGAGCGUGAAGAAGAGCGUGAAGAAGAGCGAGCAGAAGAGCGGGCAGAAGAGCGUGAGCGGGAGCUUGAGCGCCAACGCGAGCUCGAGCUUGAGAAAGAGAAGACGAGAAUGGAAGAGGAGACUCGCGGUGCCGCGUCUGCUCCCACUCCGGCUGAUGACGACUGGGCGGCCUAUACGCCGACUAAGAAACAGGGCAAGAACAGGAAGAACAAAAAGGCGUCGUCCUAUGCCGAGGAAGAGGACCGCGGCCGGGACGUAUCCGUGUUGCCCGAUGUCGUUCCUGAGCCUGUUCUUGGACCUGUCGUUUCUGAAUCCGCCGAGCGCGCCGACACGACCAUUGCCGACAAUGCCAACGCUGCAGACGCUGCGGACGCUGCGGACGCCGCCGAUGUCGACGCCCAAAGGGACAACAAUGACGAAUGGUCGUCCACAUUCACAAAGUCCCGCAAACAAUCCAAAAAGGACAAGCGCAAGCAAAAGAAGGCCGCCGAGGACGACGACGCGCUGUCGGGCAGUCUGUCGCGGUCCGAAGCCAGCGAGACGACGGCCGUCGAUGCUGACGCCGACCCGAACGACAACUACACGCAUACUGUCUCCACGGCCCCUGCCAAGUCUGUCUGGGACGAAGACGAUCCCAGUCCACCGCCGGAUCGAGAUCGAGAUCGAGACCGUGAGCGAACGGUUGAGACGGGCGAGACGGGCGAGACGGGCGAGGUGGAAACUGGCAAAAAGGGCAAGAAGAGCAAAAAGGGCAAGGCCGGCAAGGGCAAAACUGCUACAACGACCACGUCCUCGCAGGACACCGACAAGCAGUCUUUUUUAGCUAAUGCCGGCACCCUUGGCGCGGGUGUCGGACUUGCGGGAGCAGCCGUGGCGGCCAUUGCUAGCGCCGCCGGGCCUUCCCGCACAAAAGUCGCCGACGCUUCUUCCGACGAGAAGGAGCCUGCCGCCGACCACCCUCGUGGGAUGGAAACGGAGGACGAUGCUGUGGUCGCGGAGCGGCCACAGGACGAACAGCAGCAACGCGAGUUGCAACAAGACGAUUCAAAACAGCACGAAUCGCAGCAGCAAGAAAACCAACAAGAACAGUUGGCCCCGCACACAGACCUCCUCGACGGCCUUGCCACGCCCGGCAACCGUUCGCGUGCACCCUCCAACGCGGCAUCGGCAGCCCCCUCGGCGGCGCACUCGGAACCUGUCAUCGACCCGGAGAUUGUCGCGCGCCAGAUCCGGCCGGCGAUCGACCCUCAUUUCGGUGACCUGCUGCCCCUGCCGCCGCAGCCCAGCGAACCGGGAUCGCCCAAGAGUAUCAUAUCCGAACUCGACUCCGACUUUGAGUUCCCUGACCUGCCCGACAGCCGGCCCGAGACGCCGCCGGAGCAGGAGCGCGAGAGCCACCUCCGCGAGCAGCAGAUGGCCCUGGCCGCCGCCCAGCGCCGGCGCUCCGAGACACCCAUCAAGGUCAAGUCGUCCACGGCCAGUCCGACGGCCGUGCCCAUCCAAUGGCUGAUGCAGCGCUCGGGCUCGCCGUCUGCGAUUGCCGGCAGCCCUCGCAUGUACAAGCAGCCGCUGCCGUCUGGCGCGUCGCAGCCGGCGCAGCCGGCGCAGCCAACCCAGCCGUCGGCCAUGUCCCAGUCGGCCAUGCCGUCGCCUACGACUGCAGCCGGCGACGCGACAGAUUCUGUUUCGACGACUGUCCCCUCGACGUCCUAUGGUCCCAUCAACACGACGGACGGCUCUCCCUUGGCCUCUGGCUCGCCCGUGGCACCGGGCACGCCCAGCGCCCGCGAGGCACAGGCCGUGCUGGACUUUUUCUCCACGCCGACCAAGCGCGCCUCGCGACCGCAGUCGUGGGACAGCACGCGCGAUCUCAAGCCCCUCAAGCUGUUGAUGCAGCAGCACCACCGGUCGAGCAGCCAGUUGUCGGACGCAGAGGCCAAUACCGCUGGCGCGCCAUCCACAAACCAAAGCCAAGGCAGCAGCAGCAACCCCAGCGCCCUGUCCACGCCAAUCCGCCGCGGCUUCGUUACGGGUGGUCUGGCCGGUGUUGGUGUCGGCACGGGUAUGGGUAUGGGCAUGGGCAUGGGCGUUGGCGGCGGCGAGGCAUCCCCGCUGCGUGAAGCGCUGGCGCGUGCCUCCAUGGCCAACAAUGACAAGAACGCGCACGCGCAGAACCGCCGAAGCCUGCCGAGUCCCAACGCACUCGCUAUGGAGCUGGACGCGUACACCGCCGCGCAGGCUGGUGCUGCUGCAGCUGCAGCGCAGGCCACCGUGGGUUCCAAGUCGGCAAACGCAAGCCCGGACAAGGAACGCACCGAGGAGGAUGCCAUGGCAGACAUCCCGGCAGUCUCGACGACGCCGCCACCCAGAUCGCAGUCUACCCGUCCGUCCACGGAUAUUCUACGCAGCGACGUCCUGGCCGCCGUGGAGGAUGCUACGUCUACAUCUGCGUCCACUUCUACGUCUACAAACGAGGACAAGGACAAGGACAAGGGCAAGGCGAAGGAGGUCGAGGUGGAUGAGGCGGACUUGACCAGAGAAGCAGUGGCAGACCAGACGGCCGUUUCUGCUCCUGCCACACCUGCCUCGACGCUGACGGGCGGCUUUGCCUCGCGUCUCGGCUCCGUCUUUUCGUCGUUUGUCCGUCGCGGCUUCAGCGAGGACAAAAAGCCCGGGGCGGUCCCUGAGCCGGCGGACGGGCCUGUCAAGGAGGUGGCUAGCACAUCGCACCCCGACACUGUGACCAGCGGUACUGACCUCGACCGCUUCUUUGACGAUGUCGUCUACGACGAACCUGCUGCUGCUGCUGCUGCUGCUGCUGCUGCUGCUGUCGGAGUCGACAAGGACGCGCGCCGUGACAUCCUUUUCCCCAGCGUCGAGCCUGCUCUCGAGGAGACGCCUGCAGAGGACAAGCCCGUCUUUGAAGAGCCAGCGUACACGGCAAGCCCCAGCGCGUCCAAGAAGCAGAAGAAGUCCAAGAAGAACAAGAAGGGCAGCCGGGCUGAACCGGACGUCCUGAACGUGGACGACAGCGCAAACGUCUCGCCCCGCGAUCCCAGCCCGCAGCCGACGGCCACGGAGACGGAGACGGCGUUGGUUGAAGAGCCAGAGGCCGUUCCCGAGGAGGCCGUCGACGACUUUGCGCCUGUUUCAAAGAAGGACCGCAAGAAGAAGGGCAAAAAGAGCAAGACCCAGAGCCAGAGCCAGAGCCAAGCCACCACGACGCCGGCUGACUUUACCGAAGCCGACGAGAUGGCCGUCACCCAAGUGGAGGCUGAGCAGCCUCCCACGCCAACGGCGGAUGAAGAGCAGACAGUGGCUGCUGCGGUGCCCGACGACGACUUCUCCUGGGCGUCCUGGACCAAGACCAAAAAGGCCAACAAGAAGAACAAGGGCCAGGCCAAGUCGGUCGACGACUCGCCCGCGGAUUCUGACCGCGACUUGUCGGGUUCUGGUUCAGGUUCAGGCUCAUCUUCAAUUCUCCCAGCGGCAGUCGCUGCCACCGCCGGAGCUACAACAGUGCUAGCGGCGGCCGAGCUGUUGAAGAUGAACAAGGGCGAGGACAAGACGCACGAGCCGGAGACAAGCGACUUGGACGACUCCGCCAAAGAGCCCACUUGGUUGCAUGGCAGUAUCCGCGCUGAGCCCCACACGAGCAGCAACAACCAACACCAAGUGGAGGCGCCCAGCCUGACUGGCGGCGGUGAGCGGACAUUCGACGACAGCGACAACGACAACAACGACGCUCUUGACAACACGGAAACGACCCCUGGCGACGUCGUAGCCGACAAGGCCUUGCUGCCCGACAGCGACACGGCUCCCCUCGCCUCGGCUGUGGCCAAUGACAACCACCAACAGGAUCCAGCGGGGUCUUCUUUCGACGGGCCGUCCAAUCAGGACGCAGCGGGCCGGCCCACUGAGGAGGUGGUCGAGGCCACUUCCAAGGAGCUGUCUGACGACACGAGCAAGGCCGAAAACGCUCGUAGCGGAGACGACGACAGCAACACCAGUAAAACCAGCAACAACAGCAAAACCCAGCACGACGUGGAACCGACCCUGCAUGCAAGCUCUGGCGAUGCCAACACCGCCGCUCUCACGCGAGAGCCUGCCCAGGCAGGCAGAGAUGGCUCAGACUCUCCAACCUUUUCCCAAGAGACCGCUCCUGAAGCGACCCCGGGGCCUGCUUCGGACCGCAGCUUGGAAGAGCAACCUCGUCAACAAGACAUGGACACAGCAGCCGCCACGCCCGACACGAUGGACAAUGCCGGCUUUGGCGACGAAAGCACCCGCCGAAGCACGGGCCCGGCCAAGAAGCUCUCCAAGAAGCAGCAGCGCAAAGUGGUUGCCGCUGCUCUCGCUGCCGCUGCUGUCGGUGCAGUCGGUGCAGGUACAGUCGGUGCACUCGGCACAGAAGAGGCCGCAGCGGACGACAACAGCACCACUGCGGCGGUCCGCUCGAUUGACCAGCCUGCGACAGAGACAGAGGCCGUCGUCGUGGACGCCGACCGACGCGAGGACAAGAACCGCGACGACACGCAAGCUGCCUCGCCCGUCGACGCACCUGUCGAAGAACGCCAACAACCGCAAGACGUCCGAGAAACUGGCGACGGCCCUGCAGCAGCUGACCUUGACGUCGGCCGCACCGACUUGACCACGACGACCACAUCGGAUGCAACGCCAACGGCUGUGGACGACAACGACGAGUGGUUAGCGACGACUGCCAAGAAGUCCAAAAAGGGCAAAAAGGGAAAGAAGGGCAAGGCAGCUGAGGUUGUUGAGCCAGAGGUUGUUGAGCCAGAGGUUGCUCCGUCCGAGACUGGCCCGGUCGUGGCAGAGACAGACGAGACCGUCGUCGACAGCCAACCCGACAUUCUUGCGACCGACCGUGCCGUCGAGCCUGAGGCGGAGUCUGCUCCUACCGAUCCUUUGUCCGGCGCACCCGUUGCCACAGAGUUCACCACCGACGACCUCGCAUCCGGCGGCGGACUCAAGACAAAGGACAAGAAGAAGAAGAAGAAGCGCAAGGACUCGCACGUGACCUUUGCAUUGGACGAGCCAACGACGCAGCCGGCAGCAGAGGCGGCAACCGAGCCAGCAACCGAGCCGGAGGUUGAGCCCGCGACUGAGCUGACUGAGCUGACUGAGGUGCCUGCAGAGGCGCCAGUUGAGCCAGUUGAGCCAGUCGAGCCAGUCGAGCCAGUCGAGCCAGUCGAGCCUACUGAAGAGCCUCUGGUAGCGCUUCCAGUCGAGACACCAGCUCAGCCCGAGACGUCCAAAGAGAUUGCUGCCGAGGAUAUCUUUGCUUCCGCCCCAACACCUUCCGAGCCGGAGCGGAUACCUGCUCCCACGAUCAAAAAGGCAAAGAAGGUCAAGAAGUCUAGGUCUUGGUUCUCCUGGGGCAGCACAGACGACACUCCCGAGGAAGAGGAGGACACUCCUGUUGCGGUACCUGUCGAGGUUCCUGUCGAGGUGCCUGCUGAGACACCUGCUGAAGUGGCAACAGAAGAGACGCCUGCUCCCACAACGACUGGGGAGCAGCCAGACGAUCUGAGCCGCGACAUUCUUCCCGUGGAACCCGUCGUCGAGGACGCUCCUGCCAGUGAGGAGGCGCCCGCCGAACCUGCUCUCUCUACCACCGACGCUGGUGAACCCUACUCUGUCAGCCUCAAAAAGUCCAAGAAGCGCAAGGGGAAGAAAGACACUGGCUUUGAUGUUGAUGGUCCCACGCCUGAAGAGCCGGCGGCGCUACCUGUCGAGAACUCUGCUCUGCCUGCCGAGGAGGAGUCUACUUUGCCUGUCGAGGGGGAGCCUGUUUCUUCUCCCGCGCCUGUGGUUGAGGAGGAGCCGUCCGUGGUCGAAGCACCUCCCACUGCCGACGACGCUGACAACGCCGUCGCCGCUCCCAUCGGCCUCAAAAAGGCAAAGGGCAAGAAGGGUCGCAAGUCCGUCUCGUUUCAACCCGACCUCGACGAGGGGCUUGUAUCGGCAUCGCGUGCUGUGGUCGAGCCUGAGUCCGAGGUUCCUGCCGCUGAAGACGUGCCAACGGAGACAACGUCUCCUGCCACGCCCGAGGCCGCAGAGCAGGACGACGUUUGGGCCCCGUCGGCGCCGUCUCUCAAGAAAGCUAAGAAGGGCAAGAAGAACCGCAAAGGCUCGGCCGUGCUGUCCGACUGGGACGCUCCCGAGGCUCAGACUCCAGAAGAGGUGCCCGAGGACACACCAGCAGACGUUGUUUCUGCCGACAAGAUCGAGGAGCCACUGUCUGAAACGGUACCGGCUACACCAGACGACACUGUCACCAGCACAGAGCCGGAGUCCACCCCCAGAGACCUGCCCAUAGACGAGCUCCCUGCUGAGGUCGCCGGAGCUCAAGACGCGGAGAAUCCCGAAGAAGACGUCUUUGCUCCCGCACACACGCGCAAGCAGUCCAAGAAAGACAAGAAGGCAGCCAAGAAGAAGAAGCAGAUGGCCUGGGGCGAUGCGGAUGAGGCAACCGAGACAACAGACGUGCCGCCGGAGCCUUCUGAUGCUUCUUUCGAGGAACCCGAGGCUCGUACCGAGACAGAGUCUAUGGGCGAGCCUGUUGCCGAGCCCGACACUGAGCCGGACACUGAGCUAGUGACUAAGCCGACACCCGAAGCUGUCACUGAAGCUGUUACUGAAGCUGUCGCCGAAAAGUCGAUUGUUGAGGAACCGUCAAGUAUAGAGACUCCCGUCGACGAUUCUGCCGCCGCUCUCGAUCCUUCUACCGAGCGCACCGUUGAGCCUACGACCGAACCGAUUGCUGAUCCUGUCAUCGAGGCCGCCCCUGUGCCCAUCGCUGAGACGCCUGCCGAUGCUCAUGGCGAGCCUCUCGCUGACGAGCCGGUUGACUUGGCGCCCGUGUCUGGUAAAAAGUCGAAGAAGGACAAGAACAAGAAGAAAAAGAAAGGACAGGCUUGGGCCGACUUUGAGGAGACGCCCACGCCUCCUGAGCCUGCCGAGAUGCUUGAACCGGCGGCUGACUCUGCCGCUCCUGUCGAGGGUGUCAUCCCUCUUGAGCCUGCCGAGACUACGGAGGCUUCUGAAGCUGCUGUUCCUGUCGAACCAACUGAGCCUGUUGACACAGUCCCGGAGAUCAUUGCCGGCCGAGAUGUAGCAGAGCCGACAGAAGAUUCCGCGCCUCAGCUAGUGAGCGACCCUGUCGAGUCUUUUGAUUUUGCUCCUGUCACGAAGAAGGCAAAAAAGGACAAGAAAAAGAAGAAGGUCCAGGCUUGGGCUGAUGUCGAGGAGUCCGCAUCACCAGCAUCCGAACCUGCAACUGGGACGGCCACACCUGCCGAGACUGAAGCCGCUGAGCCAGCCGCCAUCGAACCUGUAGGCGUCCAGCCCACCGAGACAGAGGCCACCACUCCUGUGGACUCCACUGAGUCUGCUCCUGUCGACUCUGCCGAGUCUGUCGAACCUGUCGAACCUGUUGAGCCUGUUGCUGAAUCCGUGGCUGCAGCAGACGAGACACCUUCACAACAACCCGUUGAGCCUGUUGGCGCGCCGCUUGAUUUUUCCCCUGUUUCGAACAGGUCAAAGAAGGAAAAGAAGAAGGACAAAAAGAAGAAAGCUGCCCAGGCUUGGACAGAUGCUGAGGAGACGCCUACUCCAGAGCCUGAGCAAACAGCCGAGCUUGCACUUGAGCCUGACACUGUCAGCGAGCCGCUUGCGGAGGCAGAGCCCACUGUUGAUACAGUUGACGCUGUUGACACUGUCGACAGUGUCCAGCCAACCACCACGACAGCUGCCGACGUCGAGCCGCUUGAAGUCGCUGCCGUCGAGACCGCAACAGAGCCCUCGUCUGAGCAGCCCGAGCAGACUGAGCCCGCUGCUGCUGACUCCAUCGACGACGUCGCGCCCAUCUCUCGCGAGGAAUCCAAGAAGGAGAAAAAGGACAAGAAGAAAACGAAGAAGUCGUCGACGUGGCCUGACUUUGACGAUACACCCCAGUCUCCAGCCGAUGCCCCUGUUGAGUCCGUCGAGUCUUCGACUGAGCCUAUCCAAGAGCAUAUCCGAGAGCCUGUCGAGGAACCUGUUCCUGAACCUACAGAGACCGCAGAUCUCGAGAUCGGAGCGGCCGAGCUCGAACCAUCUGCCGAACGUGAGAUUGCCGAAACCAUCGCAGAGCCUGCGCCCCAGCCCGUCAAGGAGGUUGCUGAUGACUCUCUUGACGUUGCCCCUGUCUCCGGCAAGAAAGCCAAGAAAGACAAGAAGUCGAAGAAGAAGGCGCAGGCUUGGACUGACUUUGAGGAGACUCCGGAUCUGACCGUUGAGACAUCUGGCCCAGCAGCUGAACCUGCGGUUGAACCCGCCGCUGAAGCCGUUUCUGAGCCGAUCGAGCCCGUCGAGCCCGUCGAGCCCGUUGAGCCUGUAGACCCUGCUGUAAAUGUCCCAGAAGAGCCCGUUUCUGGGGACCUUGUUCCCGAAGCAGUUCCAGGGGUCUCUAUUGGCCGCGAAGUCAUCGAGGCACCUGAAGCGUCUACUGUUCCGCCUGCCACCGAGGACGCCACACCUGCAGAGCCUGCUAAGGAGCCUGCCGCCGAACCGCUUGACUUCGCCCCCGUCUCUAGCAAAAAGUCAAAGAAGGACAAAAAGAAGAAGAAGGCACAAGCGUGGGCUGACUUUGAAGAGGCACCGGAGCCACUUGCAGAGACAAGAGAAGCUCAAUCCGCUCCCGACAAUGUCCCUGAGCCAGCUGAGCCGACCGAUCCGGUCACAGACGUUUCCGCAGAGGCUCCGCCCGAGGCUGAGGCUUCUCCGGACCGCGAGGUGAUCGAAGACACUGACGUGCACGCUGCGAUCCCCGCCGCCAAGGCCGACGACGAGCCUCUUGAUGUUGCCCCGGUCUCAGGCAAGAAGUCAAAGAAGGACAAGAAAAAGAAAAGGUCGCAGGCGUGGACAGACGCUGAGGAGACACCGGAGUCGGCCACUGCUACGCCGCCGGAGCCGGUCAUUGAGUCUGUGACAGAGCCAGCUGCAGAAGCUCCCCAAGAGCAAGAGCCGGAGGUUUCUGCCGACCGUGAAAUCUCGCAACUCACGGACAAGGCUAUCUCUGAGCCCUCAGCAGAUAUUGCUGAAAAUGAGAGCGAACCGGCCAAAGAAUCUGCCGAGGAGUAUCUUGACUUUGCUCCUGUAUCCCGCAAGUCAAAGAAUGACAAGAAGGGCAAGAAGAAGGCCCAGGCCUGGACCGACAUUGAACGUACUCCUGAACCGUCGGCUGCCGAGUCGGUCACGGAGGUAGUCGAAGAGGCUGACAAAUUGGUGGAGCCUGCCGAAGAUGUCGAGCCGGCUGAGCCCGUUGAGCCCGUUGAGCCCUCUGAGCUCGCUGUUACGGCUGCUGCCGAUCAAGAACAUGAGCAGCGUCGCGAACUUGACGAGUUUGUGCCCGCAGCAGCCGACGAGAUGUCUCUUGAGACCUCUCUCGAGACGUCUGCUCAAGAAAAGCUGGAACAGCCUCUCGAUUUCGCUCCCGUCUCUCGCAAGCAGUCGAAGAAGGGCAAAAAGAAGAAGGCCCUGCUCGCUUCGUGGGAUGACGAUGUUCCAGCCGAGGCUGCUCCGGCGUCUGUGUCUGAGCCGGUUGUCGAGCCUCCAGUUGAGCCCGCCAUUGACGCCAUCCCAGAGCCGACAUUCGAGGCCGUAUCUGAGGCAGCCGAUCAGCCCGAGGCUACAUCUCUUGACGCCGCUGACAUUGUCGACGAGCCCGUGACCCAGGCUGAGGAGGAGCCGGUGGACGACUUUUCUCCUGUCAAGAAAUCUUCCAAGAAGGAGAAGCGGUCCAAGAAGAAGGCACAGCAACAAUCGUGGGCUGAUUUUGAAGAACCUGUCAAGACCGACGAUGUCGUCGAAGAGGUGGCUGCUGAUCGCCAAAUCGAGGCAGAAGGUGCUCCUGAGUCCGCCCCAGUCGACGACCUUCCUGUCGCCGAUGAGCCACUUCAGCUAAGCAAGAGAGCUGCUGAGGUUGAUUCGCCGUCAGCACCUGACAUCGAGACCGCUGUGGAGCCUGCUUCCGAACCUGUCGCCGAACCAGCUGCUGACCCCACUGCUGCGCCCGCCGAGGACGACUUUGCGCAGGUGACCAAAAAGUCCAAGAAAGACAAAAAAGACAAGAAGGACAAGAAGUCUUCCAAGAAAAAGGCGAAGCAGGCCUGGGAAGACGACUGGGAAGAGAAGGUUGCCGAGUCCGUCACGGAAACGCCCAAGGAAGGUGAGCCUGAAACUGAGGUCGAGUCGAGCACUGCAGCCGCUGCCAUUGUUGCUGCAGGCCUUGCCGCCGCAGGUAUGGCCGCCACCACAGAGACGACGGAGCCUGCCGAGGACGACAUUGCGCCUGUCUCUUCGGGCAAAAUAUCGAAGAAAGAUAAGAAUAAGAAGAAGGCUCAGCUUUCUGCAUGGGAUGAAGACGUUCCAUCUGAAGCGGCUGCUGAAACAACGCCGACAGCAGAAGCACUGGCUGCCGUGGACGCUGUUCCCGAGUCUCUCCAAGAGGUCACCGAGUCUGCCCAAGAACGAGAGGUGGCUCGGGACGCCGCGACGGCGAUGGCAUAUGAUGAUGCGCAGGCGGCGUCACAAGACAUCGCCGAGCCCCCUGUUGACGAUGCCCUUGACUUUGCCCCUGUGUCGCGUAAGCUCUCCAAAAAGGAAAAGAAAGCAGCCAAGAGGACGGCGCAGUCCGCCUCCUGGGCUGACGAGGUCGAGGAGGAAGCUGCCAAGGUCGACACCCCUGGCGAAGAGAUUGUGCCCUCCGAGGUUGUUCCAAGUGCCGAGCAAGACCAAACGAGAGAGGUCGAGCGGGUUGAAGACGAACUCCACAGCUCCCUGCCUCACGACGGGGCCACCGAGUCUUCCUUCCCAGCUCCCGAGCCAGCGGUUGAGCCAGCACAGGAAGACGAUGCCUUUGCCCCUGUUUCGCGCAAGUCCAAGAAGGAGAAGAAGGAAAAAAAGGAGAAGAAGGACAACAAGUCUAAGAAGAAGGCACAGACCUGGGCUGCUUUCGAGGACGAGCCCCAGGAAGGGGCCGAGUCUGCCGAGGUCGUUGAGCCGGUGAGCGAGCCGAUUGUUGAACCAGUCGGUCCCAUUGUCGAGGACACUGUCGAGCCCACAGCCGAAACGACACGCGAGGCUGAGGUUGUCAGUGAGGAGCCCACGACCGAUACUCCUCCUCCAGUCGCCGAAGAAGACGACAGCUUUGCUCCAGUCGCGCGCAAGUCCAAGAAAGAAAAGAAAGACAAGAAAAAGAAGAAGUCGCUUCAAACCUGGGACGACGAGCCGGAGCAGCCCGUCGUUUCUGAGCCUCUUGUUGAACCGGCCACAUUUGCCGACGAUGCCAUAGCGGAGGAAGUCGUUGAUGAUGCCCACGGCUUCGAGGAGCCCGAGGGCCUCGACACCAUCGUGGAGGAGCCUGUGGAUCUCCCCGAGACUGCCCGUGAGACUGGCCCAACCGUCGUCCCCGAAGCUGUCCCUGAGGAGGAUUGGUCUGUUCCGGCUCCUGUCAAGGGCAAGAAGGGGAAGAAGGGGAAGCAGGUUGUGGACGUCAGCCAGCUUGACGAGAGUCCUGUUCCAGCCCCGGAACCUUCUUCCGUUGACACACCCGACACCUUCGAGGCUGCCGAGCCGAUGAAUUUGGAGCCGGCUGUCAUAGAACCUAUCGCUGAGGCCGCUGCCAAAGACGACGCGCCUGCGACAAAAAAGGGCAAGAAGGGCAAGAAGCAGCGCGGCACGCUCCAAUCGUACAUGGACUUGACAGAAGGCGCCCGGUCGCUUCUGCCUGAACAGCACUCCGAGUCCGCCAGUAGUGAGCCUACCAAGGACAGCUCUCUCGCCACAGCAGCCACUGCCGCUGCUGGCAUUGCCGCCGUUGGUUUCGCAGCGGAGCAUCUGCACAGAGGCAGCGAAGACACAGACCUUCUCCCUGCCAAGGAGUAUGAGCUGCCGCGGCGACGGACGCCGUCACCGUCCGUAUCGCCGCGGUCCCGGAAACGCCCCGAGACGCCCGACAGGGAACCAGCCGCAAAUACAAAGGAUGUGCAGUUGGACAAUGACAAAGCGGCCCUCGACGAGCCAGUCCUGGACAGGUUCUCCAUCAACCCUGCUCUGACCGGCAUGUUCGACAAGGCCGACCGUCUGUCGUCGCCGUCGUCGCCCACAGCGCCUGUCUGGGGCCUGAUGACACGCGCCGACUCGGACGUCUUUGGGCGGGACGGCCAUGUCCCGAAGCUGCUCCCGAUGCAGAGUUUCAGCCCGACCGCCACGUUGCCCUCGCCGCCGUCGGGCAGUGCUGGGCCGUCCUUUGCCGAGCUCGCCCUGGCCCAAGAGCGCGAUCGCAAGGUGUCACUGCCGCACGACCCGCCUUUUGAGAAGGAGUCGAGCGACGAUGCCCAACCCGACAAGAAGAAGACCAAGGUGCAAGCGGUCCCUACGCCGCUGGCCGCUGACAAUGGCCCCGGCCACUUUGCAGAAGACGCCGUGUUGAGCGACAAUGACAUCAUGUACGACGACGGAGACGACAGAGAGGAGCGCGAUGAGCGCGAUGAGCGUGGUCGCGGAGGAGACGUGUCAAUGAAACUUAAAUCGCCAAAGAAAAAGAGCAAGGGUAAGGGGAAGGACAAGGAGGCGGAAGUGAAGAGCGAGGUGACGGAGGUGAAGCCAGACAAGGUGAAAGAGCUAACAGUCGUUUCACCCAAGCCUGAGAAGGCAAGCAAGAAGAAGAAAGGGGGAAAGAAGAAGAUUGUGGACAGGCGGUCCGACGGGGAUGACAUUUUCGACGAUGCCGCCCUAUGGGAGAGCAAGGACCCCAAGGUGCACGAAGAGGUCAUGGGCGACAGUCCACGAGAGGUGGCGGCCGACGGGGAUGAGAUGCCCGGCUUCUUUGGACAAGAGCGGGUGGGCCGUGAUGAUGAGACGAUGGACGACAUGUACCCAGAAGAGGAGGAGGAGACAAAAGGGGAGGCGAGGAACGAGGAGCAGAUUGUUCCGGACGCCAUUUUGAGCAAAUUGACGGACACCUCCUUUGACGAGAAUGGCAGCCAAGGUGGCACCGAGCUCCAAUCUGCACGGGGCAUCAGCAGCGACAAAAACGACGACCUCGAGAGCCCGGUUCUCGGCCGUCGCGACUCGGACAAGCUCAAGACCAACCCGCUGCCCAUGGUGGCCGCCACCAAUGCUGCUGCCGCUGCUGCCGCUGCUGCUGCCGGAACUGACACGAGCCGUGGCAUCAACAUUCCCGACGCAUUGCUCGACGAUUCCCGCGAGCCAACGCCCCGCCAGGAGGAUCUGUUGCGGCGGCCUGUUCUCGAGUCGCCUCGCGCCUCGCGCGAAUGGACACCCGAGCCGGAAAAGAGGGUUUCUACGGACAAGGGCGGCCACCACGAUUACGACUACAACACACCCAGCGCGGCAGGUAUCGCCGGCGCCGCCCUCCUCGGAAGCAUGGGAAGCAUGGCCGGCAAGUCGGUUCCGCACGUGGUACGCCAUGGCAGCGGUGGUGAUCUGAGACGGUCCGCUUCGUGCAUUCUCGCGCCUGUUCUCGAAGAGACCUACGAAGACGAGGACGGCAGGGAUCAUGAGCGACACUACCAUGGUCGCGAUCUCGAUACGACGCCCUCGCGCAGCCAGCCACGUCGCCCGACAGAGCACCAGCACAGGGUUGCCACGCCCGACGCCAACCGUGACAGCGGCUUUGCUGAGGACAACGCCCACGCCCUACCCACCGCGCCAGCUGCACCCAAGAGUGGCCCCAACGACGACACCCAGCUGCGUGACAGUGGUGUCCACCUCCGCGACUGGUCGGGUCAUCACGGCGGGAGCACCAGCAGCAACACCGCUGCCGACCUACAGAGAAGCCCCGAGUCGCUGCCAUCGGUGCGACACAGCAGCGACGACAAGCGAUCCACGAGCUACAAGGACGCCGGACUGGCCGCAGGCAUUCUGCCGGCGGUUCGUUCCCGACCAGGAUCGGCCGAGCCUGGCCUGCCCGGCAUGCGCAGCGUCUCCGACAACACCCACGCUGCGAGCCGUGACCGUGAACGGCGCCUCAUGUCGUCGCCCAUGCCAUCCGACGCGGGCUCUGUGUCGGGCGCCAUGCUGCCGCAACAGGCGCCGCGCCGUUCCGCGUCCAAUACGAGUCUAGUGCGGCGCAGGACGCCGGACCCACUCAAUUUGCGGCGGCCUGAGAGCCCAGGCAUCAAUCGCGAUGCUUACUCAUCAACCCCACCCUUGAGGCGCAUUGACCGACGAAUGAGCGGCGAUCUUAGGUCGCUCAGCAACCGAAGCCAGACUGACCUUGCCUCGCCCGCUGCCCUCGCCGGCGCAGCUGCGGGCGCUAGCGCGCUGGGGCCGUUCCCGCCCGACAACAACACCAACAAGCAACACGCCACCACUUCCACGUCGACACGCGACGAAGGCUCCUCCAGCAAAGACCUUUCUGGCACGACUGCAAGCAUUCCAGUUGCCAAUGAAGGCCGUGUACGCGACAAGGGCGGUAUGACCGACGUAUAUGUGAGUUCACUCUUUCGUCUCCCUCCCUCCUUCCCCUUUGGGCGCACCCUCACCGCCUUGUUUCCGUGUUUACUUUCGCAUCUCAUCAAUUCCCACCGCUUUCCCCAUGUCGCAUCCAACUAA